GCAGAGCCUGUGGGCUGGUCUUUGGCUACCUAAGAGAAAGGAGAGCAUGUGAAGGUUCCCGAUUCCUUCCUUCGUGGGCACGCUAUCUGGCGGAGAUUUUAGGAGUUUACGUGAACCCCAAGUUUAGGCAGCUUUCUGUUAGUUCAGGGGACCGGGCAUUAAAUAGGCCUUUCUUGAGCAAUACUACCCUGUAACUUCACAGGCAGUUUGAUUAUUGAUGGAAGGCAAGAAUAUCCUUUGAUCUGUAAAUUUCUUCCAUCAAGUCAUUUCCAUCAGCUUUUAAAAAGAAAAAAAAACACACACUACCAGAAUUGUGGGAAUCGGUUAUAUUUAAAGAAAUGCGGACUGGCUUGUAAUUUAUGAACUAAAGCAGUAAUUGUCAAAAUUGGCAAUUUGAAGAGGCAUGGACUUCAACUCCCAAAAUUUUAAAGUGGCCAAGUCUGAAAAAAGCCAUUGAAUAAAUUGAUGGACUAUGUUACAACCAUGGAAAUCAGCAGCAGAAUUGAGUGUAUAUUUUUCAGCGAAUUCCACCCAACACUGGGGCCUAAAAUAACGUAUCAAGUACCAGAGGAUUUUAUUUCCCGAGAGUUGUUUGAUACAGUGCAAGUAUAUAUCAUCACCAAACCCGAGCUCCAAAAUAAGCUUAUCACAGUUACAGCUAUGGAAAAAAAGCUAAUUGGUUGCCCAGUUUGCAUUGAACAUAAGAAAUACACCCGGAAUGCCUUGCACUUCAACCUUGGCUUUGUUUGUGAUGCAAGAGCUAAGACCUGUGCGCUGGAACCGAUUGUGAAGAAAUUGGCAGGUUAUCUUACUACUCUGGAGCUUGAAAGUGGCUUCAUUUCCAAUGAUGAGAGCAAGCAAAAAUUGAUACCCAUCAUGACCAUUCUACUUGAAGAACUGAAUGCUACUGGCAAAUGCACUCUGCCUAUUGAUGAAUCAAACACCAUUCACCUGAAAGUGAUUGAGCAACGUCCAGAUCCCCCCAUUGUACAAGAAUAUGAUGUCCCUGUCUUCACCCAAGAUAAAGAUGACUUUUUAAAUUCUCAGUGGGACCUCACUACUCAACAGAUCCUGCCAUAUAUUGAUGGAUUUCGGCAUGUUCAGAAAAUAUCAGCUGAAGCAGAUGUGGAACUCAAUUUGGUUCGAAUCGCUGUCCAAAACCUUUUAUACUACAGUGUAGUCACUCUUGUUUCAAUACUUCAGGUGAGUAGAAUGUACAUACAGUAUGAUGAACAGAUGAUAAAAUAUCAAGUUUAUAUAUUUACCUAUCAAACUGGUGGCCUGCGGGCCGGAUACAUCAAGCGCAGGCCACGCCCACCCUGGCUUCACAAUAGCAAAAAACGUCACAAUACAGCCUGUGACACAAUCAAAAAAUUCAUCCAGUUUGGUUUGAUGAAGGGUCUUAUUCGUCGGCUCCAGAAAUAUCCUGUAAAAAUAGCUCGAGAUGAAAGAAGUCAUCCAGCUCGACUAUACACUGGCUGCCAUAGCUAUGAUGAAAUUUGUUGUAAAACAGGAAUGAGCUAUCAGGAAUUGGAUGAAAGAUUAGAGAAUGAUCCCAAUAUAAUUGUUUGUUGGAAAUGAGACUCUUUGAGACAUGGGAUGAUUAUUAUGCCCUGUUAACUUUUAAUUGGGCUGCAUGAAACAUUGUGGUGGCUCCAGGACUCUUCUGGAUCAUGGAAGCAGCAUGGCUUAAACUGUGGUAGUCCCUGGAAAAAAAAUGUGGAAAAUGGAUUUGACACUCUUUGAUCAGCAGAGAUGCAGAACCAUGCUUCAUUUUUUUGUGGAGGGCGUGUUAAAAGACACACAGGAGUAUAAAGAAACUUCAGAAGGCCAUGGUGUUGAGCAAGGGAUAAAAUAGUUUGAAAAUAGUUUGGGAGGAACUGAAGUGGAAAAAUGCCUAGCAGGGAAUGCUGUACCAUAAAUUCUCCUGCUUAAUCUGCUGCACCUCAGCAACAGAAAAAUAUCUCAUUCUGGAUUUCUCCCCUAAUAACUAUAUGAUUCUCUAUCAUAAUAUGCUUUCUUUUUUAACAAAAGGGAUUUUGAUGUCUCAUACCCACUUGAAAUCCUUUAAGAGUUUUGAAAAAAAUCAGCAGAUUACAAAUAAUGGAUAAUCAUGCUAAUAAAAAGCACACUCUUUUUGGGAAGUAAAAUACUGAAGUAAAACUGUGGAAAUAAAGCUGCAGCAUAGUUAUAUUUAAUAUUAUUGGGCUCAACCUAUUUACCUUGUAUACUUUUCAAAACUACUGGUUGUGAGAAAGAAUAAUAAAGCUCAUAUAAACUA